AUGUGGGGGGACUACCUAAUGGACAGAGAUGACAACCAUGCCGAGAUCAAAGCUGUCCUUCCAGGUACCUGCUUUGCGUGUAAGCGCAUCAUCAACAAGGUCAAGGCCCAGCUGGAUGGUGAUAAUAACAAGGAAAACAUAUCUGCUAAACUGGACUCUAUUUGUGGCAGCAUGGGGAUACUCAAAGCCAUCUGCAAGAAGCUUGUCAAUAAAUACAAAGAAAAACUGAUUGACGAACUUGUCAAUGAUGAGGACGCAAAGGAUGCUUGUAAGAAAUUGAAGCUAUGCAAAUAAAAUACCAUUUACCCAUGAUUGCCCUGGGCACACGUUUCUUUCAGAACACGCUGUCAUAGCUUACCUUAACAUUAUUUUCAUACACAACUGUCUGGAUGGAAUGGCAGUCUUUAAAGUCACUUAUUAACAUUGCUAAAGACUGACAUUCCAUCCAGACAGAAGAGGACUGGCCACCCAUCAGAGCUGGGUUCCUCUCUAGGUUUCUUCCCAGGUUCCUGCCUUUCUAGAGAGUUUUUCCUAGCCACCAUGCUUCUACAUCUGCAUUGCUUGCUGUUUGGGGUUUUUGGCUGGGUUUCUGUAUAGCACUUUGUGACAUCGGGUGGUGUAAAACAGGCUUCAUAAAUAUAUUUGAUUGAUUGAUUGAUUACAACUGCAAUUUUUAUUAAAUUAAACACUGAAGGUUAUUAAAAA